AUGCGGGAUCCGGGAGGAGGAAGCGGAGGAGGCGCAGGAGCCGGCUGGCGGCCCGGCCACAAGACCUCCUUCGGCGCCUCCGAGAGUCCGUUCGAGCAGCGGGUUUCGGCCGCGGAUUCUCGGUUCACAAGUCCGCCAUGGACGGCGACCGUCGAGUCGGGGCGAGCGGGAGUGACUGCGACGCUGCAGGAGCGGCGGCGGAGCGGCGGGGGUCAGCUGCUCGCGGCACUCCGACGGUGGCGACGGCGGGAGGGGCGGGGCGGGGGGGGGGGGCACUCGCACGCGGGAGAGCGGGGCGCUGGCUCCGGGCAGCUCGCUGGUCGCGGGGGAAACUGA